CCUCAAUGUGGGCGGAGAAUUAAUUAACAGCUAGUGGUUAGCUAGCUGUUACCUAAACUAACGUUAGCUUGCCUGUGGAGGCCUUUUAUAUAUGUCAAUGGUGGAGGCUAACCGCUACAAUGUUUGAGAGUGGGCGGGGUUAAACGUUUAACUCCGCCCACAUUGAGGUCUGCGGGUCUGACUCUGCAGUCAGGGGCUUCUCACAGCUAACAACGUCUGCAACCGGGUUACGAGUCUAAAAAUGCCCGUAGAUUUGAGCCAGUGGACCGGGCCUCUUGCCCUGCCGGAGGUCGAGGAGAAGCCUGCGCAGCCUCUGACCGUUAAAUACGACUCUGUGGAAAUCGACGAGCUUGGCAAAGUGCUCACGCCAACACAGGUGCAGAAUCGACCCACCUGCGUGGAGUGGGAAGGAUGUGACUCCAGUAAGUUGUACACUUUGGCCCUGACCGACCCUGACGCUCCCAGCAGGAAAAACCCGAAAUUCAGGGAGUGGCACCACUUUCUGGUUGUCAAUAUGAAAGGUAAUGAUGUGUCGUCUGGCUGCGUCUUAUCGGACUACGUGGGCUCUGGUCCUCCCAAGGGCACAGGUCUCCACAGGUAUGUGUGGUUGGUGUAUGAGCAGCCAGGCAGCCUGUCCUGCACUGAGACCGUCCUAACUAACCGCUCUGGAGACGGCCGCGGCACAUUCAAGAUCCAGAGUUUCAGGCAGAAAUACAACCUGGGAGCCCCGGUGGCGGGAACCUGCUACCAGGCCGAGUGGGACGACUACGUCCCCAAACUCUACGAGCAGCUGGCCGGAAAAUAAAUGGAAAGACUUGACUCGAGCGUUCAGCACUAGGAAUUCCCACAGAGGCUGGUGGUCUAUAGGAAAUUCCCAUUCGUGAAAGAAGCAAAAACCCCAACAGAAACAAAGCAUUUUUCUUUUUGUACGUGUGCCACUGAAUAGUUUAGUUUAUUGAAACUGAAUAUUUUUUUUUUCCCCCUGUUGCCUACCUGUGACAAAAAUAACUGCUCCUCUCAAUGACGUCACCUGCACUCAUCUGCAAUAAAUCUAGUAAACACUGAAAUAGUUGCAUUUUCUAUUGAAAUGUUUUCUGAUCCUGCAGUGGCUGUUUAAUGUUUGGAGACCCAUUUGGCCAACUUGGAUCCUCCAUAACAUCUUAGUAUUAAGCAUUAGUAUUAAGUAUCAUAAUAAAUAAUCCUAAAUGUGAGGAAUGAUCUGAGAAAUUUUUUCCAUGGAUAUCUAAAUAAAUAGAACCAUUGAA